UUGGUUUACUCCCGGCUCGUCAGCUUGCGAUGGGGAUGUGAGGCGUCUUCACGGUGAGUGGAAGAAGGAGAGAGAGAGAGAGAGGGGGUUUGUCGCCGCCGCCGUCGUGUGUGACCACGCACAACGAUUUCUGAUCGGGCGCGGAUAGUUCGCCUGAGGCAACCACCACUUGUUGAGUCGUCUGAAAGGUACUGCCGACUAGGUAUGAACAGCCAUUACUGUAAGAACAGGAUUAGCAGGAGGUAGUUUUCCAGUUUACAGAAGAAAUCAUGCCAAUAGUAAAAAGGAACAUUGAACCUCGGCAUCUCUGUCAUGGGGCUUUGCCUGAAGCUAUCAGCAGUGAACUGGAAUGUGUCACUAACAAUACUCUAGCAGCCAUUAUACGUCAACUCAGCAGUCUCAGCAAACAUGCAGAGGAUAUAUUCGGCGAGCUGUUUAAUGAAGCUAACAACUUUUACAUCCGAGCAAAUUCUCUUCAAGAUAGAAUUGAUCGUUUGGCUGUCAAAGUAACUCAGCUGGACUCUACAGUGGAGGAGGUUUCUUUGCAGGACAUUAACAUGAGGAAAGCUUUCAAGAGUUCCACAAUUCAGGACCAGCAGGUUGUUUCAAAGAAUUCAACUCCAAACCCAGUAUUAGAGAUGUAUAACAAGAGUGACAAACCGCCUCCUCUGGAUAUCCUCUCACCAUACAGAGAUGACAAAAAAGAUGGACUUAAAUUUUAUACAGAUCCAUCUUAUUUCUUUGACUUGUGGAAAGAGAAGAUGCUACAAGAUACUGAGGAUAAGAGAAAAGAGAAGAGAAGACAAAAGGAGCAGAAGCGUGUAGAAGGCACAACCCGUGAGGUGAAAAAGGUUAGAAAGGCCAAGAACAGGCGGCAGGAGUGGAAUAUGAUGGCGUAUGACAAAGAACUUAGACCUGACAACAGGUUAUCUCAAAAUCUUUACCAUGGAGCAUCUUCAGAGGGAUCAGUUUCCCCAGACAAUAGAUCUCAUGGAUCAGAUCUCACAGAUUACUCACACCCUGCUACCCCAAGCCAUGGUCACCAACACCAGCAAAUGCCAGCCUCUUAUACAUCUGGCGAUAACCAGCAGCACUUGUUAGCUGCUAAUCAGGUCCAUGAACAUGAUUACAGAUCUUCUGGAGCAGGGUUCAGACAGGGUACUCUGAACAGACCUCAGCAACCUCCACCACCUCCACCACCAUCCACAGAUAGUACUGUAAAUGGUGUUCCACCACCGCAACCAAUUGAUUACAGCAUACAACCUCCUCAGAUGAUGGAAUAUUACACAUCAGCUGGUCCUCCUCCUCUGCCUCCUGGCCCAGUUAUUCCUUCAGCUCAAACAGCUUUUGUCAGCCCUGUCCAAGUGCCUGCUGCUCUAGCUUCUCAUCCCGGAUCCCUGAUAGCAGUUCCCUUUGCUUCUCCUCCACCCCCACCUGGAGUUGCUGCUCCACCUGGUCCUCCUGGACCUCCUCCGCUCCCACCUCCACCACCACCAGCACCACCUUCCUCCCUCGCUUCCUCCCCAAUGCACCCCCAGCCUACGUUUGACACCAAACGGCAUGAGCCAGCAGAGACUCCUCUCAAUGAUGCCAGAAGUGACCUCCUUGCUGCAAUCCGUAUGGGUAUCCAACUAAAAAAGGUUCAAGAGCAACGCGAGCAGGAAGCUAAACGAGAGCCAGUUGGAAAUGAUGUGGCAACGAUCCUGUCCAGACGUAUUGCUGUGGAAUACAGUGAUUCAGAUGACGAUUCAGAAUUUGAGGAGAACGAAUGGUCAGAUUAACAUCUGUGCUCCAUCAGUUCUAAUAAUAUCAAAUGAAGUAAUAUUGGUUAGAUCUGAAAUAAUACACCAAAUUAUUUAAAUUGAUUCUAGGGAAAGAGAAACCACAUUUUAGAUGAUGGUGUUGUGAAUGUUUUAACAGUUAAAGUGAAAGAAACAAAGCAGUUGUUUCAGUGCAUCUCCCAAGUGCGUUACAGUGUUCUUCCAUGAUACAAUUAGAGUUGUAGUUACCAAUUGCUGUUAUACUUUAUAACAUGCAAGAAUUGUUACUUUUCAACUACAAAGAACAUACGAUGUAGAGGCAAAUUGAAUAGAAAGUUUAUAGUGCCCAUAAACAUGUUUUAUUAACACUUUUAGUAUUGGUGAGAAUGUUUCAUUGACUUUUUGAAUGACAUUUUUUGACUGAGUAAACAUACAGAGUGAAACAACAUCUCCAUUCAAUAUGUCAUCUUUGAACCUCUGUGAUUAUACAACGUUAUUUUUAAGAGCACUAAGUAAAAUAUUUGAAGAUCAUAAUUUCAAACAAAGCAACUCGGUAAAAAUCUAAACAGAUAAGACAUUAUUUGUUCUCAAAUCUGGGCUAAAAAUUAAAGUAUUACCCCUGAAAACAGUAUUAAUUGAGGGAAAAUCAUAUUAAUGGAAUCAUUUGCUGUAUAGAAAUGUUAUACUAUACUGGUGAUGAUGUAUAAUAUUUUAAUGAAGUAGUCAACAGAUGUAUUGCCAAUAGGUCAAGAUUUAUUUUAUUUUAUUUUCUGUAUACAUUGUCUUAGACAUAUAAAUGUAACUAACACAAAUAAAUCCUGUGUCUGAUAUUAUUUGUACCUGGAUUUUUUAAAAUUCCAUCAGUAGUUGGUAAAUUAAAAUUAUGCA